CUGUUUGCGGCUGCGACUCGUGGAUUUCACAGACUUUGCGAAAUACUUCUCGCUGCGGGAGCUGAUGUACAUAUACCCGAGACAAAACGCGGCGGUAGUCCUCUCCACUCAGCCGCGUAUCUUGGCGGCGUGGCCUGCGAGCGUUUGCUUCUGGCGGCGGGAGCGAACAUCGAUUGUCAAGAUAUACAUGGUAAUAUCCCGCUGCACGUGGCCUGUCAGCGAGGACACACGCGUACGGCCAAGCUCCUCAUCGCCGCCGGCGCGAACACGAACGCAAAAACUCGAUCGGGCACCACCCCUCUUCGCGCUGCCCUCCGCAGAGGCCAUCGCACACUCGUAUUGACGCUUCUUCGCGCCGGCGCGCCCCUCACGGUC